AUGGCGGAACCACCAUAUAAACGCAAUCGACGUCCAGAUAGUAAACAAAUGUGGGAUGAAGCAGAUCGUCGCGCACCCUCAGCACCUAUACCCACACGCGAACGCGACGACCGACGCGAUGAUCGCAGAGAUGACAGAAGAAGAUAUCGAAGUCGGUCGCCCCGACGAGAUGAUCGACGCGGUGGAGGUCGUGAGCGUGGAGGGCGCAGAGAUGAUAGGGAAUGGAGAAAUGAGGGCAGAGGCAGUCGUCGAGAUGACUACCGGGAUCGCGAUGGACCUAGAGAUAGAGGUAUGUAUGCGCCAGCGGACAUUUUUGCUUUGCCAUACAGACAAAAAUCUGACACUGUUGCUUGCGAAGACCGGAGAGAUGGGAGGGACAGGCCUAGGGAGAGAUCUAGAGAGGUAAAGAGGGAUCGAAGUCGCAGUCCGAAGAGGGAGAGGAAUAUGGAGGAGAGGAGAGAUGCGGAAAGAGAAUUGAAGAGAGAGGAUAGGGAGAAGAGUCGAUCUUUAAUACCUGAUGAAUUACCUACGAAAAGUCGAACCGCUACACCACCAGUGAGCUUCAAAGUUGGUGCGCCUCAAGCGCAAGCGCAAGAUCAUGAUCGGAUGGAGGUGGACCUCUCACGGAAAUCUAAAGAGAAACCGGUCGAAAUUCCUGUCGCAGACGAGGAAGACGAUGACGAGAUCGUGAUUGAAGACGAUGGCAUGGCCGACAUGCAGGCAAUGAUGGGCUUCGGCGGCUUUUCGACGACGCAAAAUAAGAAAAUCCUUGGGAACAACAUCGGAGCAGUAAGGAAAGAAAAGAAGACCGAGUACAGGCAAUACAUGAAUCGGGUCGGCGGAUUUAAUAGACCUCUGAGUCCUACCAGGGAUGAAUGA